AUGACGCCACCAGCAGUCCAAGUGCACUCGCAAGACCCAUGCCUGUCGCCGAAGAAGAUGGGCACCAAGAUAUCAAAGGAGGACCACCAGAACCGCACGAAAUCCCACCUCCAGCCACGCUUCAGCCUACCUCCGACGACACCGCCGUCCAGCAGGACAGAUAUCGUCAUCGGCGGGAUCAGGGUGUACGUGUACGGCCUGGAGGAGCUCGUGCAUAAGGCCGACGUCGAGGUCGCCGUCCUGUACCUCGCGCACAAUCGCAAGAGGUCGUACCUGGUCACCGAGGACAUUGCGUACGAGGUUCUGCACAGUUAUAGAACUGAGCGAGGGCGGCGGAAGAGGUAUGAGCUCAUUGCGGUGACGAUUAAUAUGAGGAAUCAUGGGGAUCGGGAGGUUAGUCCACAUGCGAACUAUACGUGGGACGACGGGAACGAUAACCACGGCAUGGACCUCCUAUCGAUGAUCUCCGGCUCCGCCCAGGACUUCAAGCUCAUCCUGGACUACCUGCCCGCGUACCUGCCGCAGUUCACGCGGUUCCACAACAUCAUGGCCGGCGUGUCGCUGGGCGCGCACACGGCGUGGCGAAUGGCUUCGUUAGCAGCGCCGGGCCAGAUCGAAGGGUUCGCGAUGGUCGUUGGGUGUCCGAGUUUGAGCCCCCUGCUUCUCUCGCGGCUGGGCAUCGAACAAGCCACUGGCGCUGGUGCUACUGCCGCCGCCGCCACGCGGUACGAGGGCCUGGCGGAACUGAUGACGGACGAACAGAGGCGGAGGUGGCCCCGGGCGCUGGCUGAGCUCGUUUUGGAGGGCGACAGGUUCGUCGCCGACGAGUUCCCCACCGAUGUGCCCGUGCUGUUGUGUAAUGGGGCUGUGGAUCCGUUGGUCCCGCCGCAGUACACGGCCGCCUGGGUCCACCGCCGCCGCAAGGUGACGGAAAGGGAGAACGGGGCACAACAUGAGGAGGGUGGCCAGCAGGUCCGGCUCUUCGUGCAGGAGAAUACGGGCCACAGCUGUACCAAGGAGAUGGUGUCGUUGAUUGCUUCGUGGUUGGGUGAUCUUUUUCAGGUAUACGAGUACGAAUAG